UCCAUAAAUCAAACUUGAGUUAUUUUUUUCCGAAUCAAUUAGAAAUGACAAUGUUUUUGCCCCUUUGAGUGUAAUCUCGCCGAUUCUAAUAAGUUUUCAGUAGUAGUUACAAUAUGUUUACGGGUUUUGAUUUUUUAUGAAAUGUCCACGAUUGGUGAUAUUUUCGUCUGAGAUAAGUGACGAUUACAAAUCUACAUAUUAUAUAUAGCGACAUCUCUUAAAAAAGCUGCACAUUUUCGGUGUUGCUAACGUUAAUAGUGGAUUGUGGCACAAUGGUUGAUUGUGGGUCAAGAGGUGAAGUGAUGGCGAAAAAUACGGUGUUCAAGAGAUCGGUUACCAAACAGGUCCUUCUCGGCCUUCUGACCAAUUUCUCAAGCAUUGCACCUAGCAUGAGUCUUGGCUUCUCAGCAGUUGCUCUUCCGUUUCUCACUCUAGACAGCGACCAAGCAUCAUGGUUUGCAAGUAUAGCAUCAUUAGCGACACCUUUUGGGUGUUUAUUUUCCGGCCCAAUUUCGGAUAAAUUCGGCCGAAGACGGGCCAUGUACUGUGUUAACAUUUUCUGUUUUAUCGGCUGGUUGCUCAUAGCCUGGGCUUACUACUGGCCACAACACCAGUACGUUAUUCUUUUGUUUGGACGACUUUUGACUGGGCUAUCGACGGGGCUAUCAAGUGCCCCAGCGACUAUAUACAUGGCGGAGAUUGCAAGUGUUAACCUAAGAGGAGUGUUUUGCACGUGGAAUAGUAUAGCGUUUUCUUUGGGGGUCCUUAUUGUCUACUUUUUGGGUUUUGUUCUACAGGACAAUUGGGGUCUUAUCAGUUUGAUAACUGCUGUUUUUCCAUGUGUUGGCAUGGCUUUUGUGACGUUUUUGGUGCCGGAAUCGCCAUCUUGGCUUAUUCGGAAGGAACGAUUCGAUGAAGCGAAAGACAACAUGUGCAAGAUUUUCGGUACUAAAGAGUACAUCCCGGAAGUGGCACAAGAAAUUGACAAUUUGGUCCGGAACAGAGGGGUCAAAACUAGUAAACAGAAAACGAUACUCCAACAAGUCGCCAAAAAAAUUAAAUAUUUAACACGGAGCAAUUGUUUGAAGCCUUUAAGCCUCGUUGUUGGGUUUUUCUUCUUCCAGCAAUUUGCCGGUACUUUUGUUAUAGUUUUCUAUGCGCUAAAUAUCGUCAAGGAGGCCGGGGUUGAAAUGGAUCCUUACGUCACAAUUGUCAUGAUUGGUGCAGUUCGCUUGUUUUCCGCCAUUUUGGUUAGUUAUAUAAGCAAAAUUUUUGGUCGGCGGCCAUUAUCGAUAGUUUCCGGUUCGGGGAUGACAUUUUGUAUGAUGGCUCUUGCAGGGUACAUUCUUGCCCAAACUCAGGGUAAAGUACCGGAAACGACACAACAGUCACUUGUUUUUCUUCCGGUUGCUCUUCUUUUGUUAUAUUUCUUCACAAGUACUGUCGGUUUUCUACCAAUGCCUUUUGCAAUGGCGGCUGAGCUGUUUCCGGCUAAAAUUCGUGGUACUGCCACCGGACUUGCGUCAGGAAUUGGGUACUUUUUCAACUUUAUAACUGUCAAAAUUUACCCCACUAUGAUUUCGGGGAUUGGUCGAGAAGGAGUUUUCUUUUUUUAUGGUUCAAUGAGUCUGGCUGGUACCUUUUUUGUGGUGGCACUCCUGCCAGAGACUAAAGGGAAAACUUUGCAAGAAAUUGAAGAGUAUUUUGGUAAAAAACCGUCAAAGACGAAUUCGCUACUUAAAGAACCUGUCUAAGCACCACUCAUAUCAGUAGAUAUAUCCUAGAUUUAAGUUUCCCAACUGUGAUAUUUCCUAUAAAAUAAGUUAAAUUGAUCAAUUGUAAAAUAUUUAUUGGAAAAUGAUAAAAUACAAUCUCAACAUUUGGUA